CUUUUCACUACAUCACUUGGCCAUUGUUAUCUGUGUCUUCAAUACAGAUAUUGCAAAACAACUGAAUUCAAGCCAAAACGUCCUUACAUUGCGGAUGAUUACAGCAUUACAAUAACACUAAUUAGCAAAUAACGCAAACUAUAACUGGAUAAUAAUUGGAGGAUAAUUUGUGCGAAAACAGAAUGGGAGUCCGCCGAAAGAAAGUGAAAUUUCCUUUUGACUUAACAAAGGGACUGGCAGAUGACUUGUACAGAUUACGCUUCAUGCGCCGAAGCGAGCUCGAGCCUAAUGUUCGCCAUAAUUUUCGAUCGAAUGUGAACCAAUUGGGCCAUCAGUUGGAUAUUUGGUUUAAAGAACAAUUGUUUACCAUCGGGGCUUUAAAUCGUGAGCAGGAGAAGAUAUUUCGUUCGCAAAAACAUCUAAUGACAGAGUCGAGAAAAUCACGACGGCGCCAGUAUGAACGUGAAAAGGAAAUAAUUCGCGAGAAACUCCGAGAGCUCCGGACGAAAUCACUGUGCAGGAAAGUAUUACGGAAAUUCAGAGAAAAUGUUAUAUUACGUAAAAUAAUGCGCGGUGAAAUAAGUCCUGAUCACCUUAGAGGCCCGAAAGGAAACGUGGAUUUCCUUCGCGUGUCCGGAAAUAAACACCUGGUUAAUGGAUAUCGAAACACCGGAACAGAUGGACAUGACUUUGUCCCGGAUGUAAAUGAACAAGAUCAAGCUCACGAAGCAGCCAGUGGAAAACAUAAAUCAAGAGGGAAACUUUUUAAGGGUAAGACAUCGCCGCUGGUGACUUUGUAUGAUCCAGGCGACCAAGGGGAAGAUACGUCGAACGAAGAAACUAGACUUUCCAGUUGUAUGCAUAUAGCAUCAAAUAAAAAUGAUACGGAAGUCAAAGUUAAAACGAACUCUAGAAAAGGACAAUAUUGGAACAAAAGCGAAUACGAGCAGACUAAAAAUGAUGGUAACAACGUUCACGAUAAGGACGAUGAUGAGGAUGUCGAGGAGGAGGACACGACCACCGACGAGAAAGGUGACCACGAGACACUACCGGAAGUUCAGGGUCUCGACCAGAGACUGGUGUCAGCUCAUGGACCCCGUAUGGAGACGAUACCAGAAGAAAGCGACGUGGAAAUAGAGGUAGACAUGGAGGACGAACGUGAAACAAAGCAUCUGCGAAAACGAGUUCACCUUAAUCAGCUAAACCGAAGCAUCUCCAAACGGAACAUCUUUGACGUCAGCGAUAGCGUUCCUUUGCUACCGGAAGUGACUGGGUCUCAAGCGUCUUUCGUGCAUAGACCGCAUCCAGAAACAUUCGACAAGGAAACUCAAACCUCGGAUAAAUCCAGCAAUCGAAGUGGAAAUAAAGACUCCUACCGACCCGAGAAAGGUCGCUGUCGCCGACGUCACCUCACCCCUUCCCCUCAGUCCUCCGGGCGUCGGAAGCUGGUGAUCAAACUACCGGGAUCCAUUACGAGGGAGGACUCCGCAAAAUCGAACAGCGGUAAUUUCGGCAGCGACGAAGAAGACGAGAGCGGUACGGAUUUCGCUUACGGCUUCGAGAGCGAAACCUGGUACGAGAGCUCCAGCGAUUCAGAUGACGCCGCGUCUAUACAUAGCGAUACCGAAGCGACAGACAGAAGGACGCGACAACUUACCCCCGGUGAUUAUUCUCUUACACUGACGAAGUAUAAAACCACGUUACAUCGCAAGGCAGAGAACAGCGUAUCGUGUAAACCGACGUCGCAUUCUUUCCCCACAGUAACCAACAUCUCAGCCAAUCUACCGGCCAUAAACUACCAUUUUCAAGUGAAUCCAUUCUCAUUAAAAUUUAAAGAACGCAGUUUCUAUAUCAAGUCAAGCAUAAGCGAUAGGCCGACGCAUAGCGCCGGCGGAAAUACGUCGCGUGGCAGCUCACGGCAUUCUGCGGACGAGACGUCAGCGUCGGACAGAACAUUCGCGGAAAUUAGCAAAGAUUUACGGCACCGUCAAUCUGAAAGCGGUAGGCACAGUUUAGACGCAGAUCAAAGCAAACGCUCAGGCGUGCUAAUGCACGAACACCCAAGUAUCGCAGUGUUUGGCCGGAAGGCGGACUCGACCGCCCGUGCGGAGCUCCCGCCGCCACCCAACACGCCGAACACUCACCGCGCGGUACCGACCCCGAGACGGAAGCCGCGUACUCACUUAAGCCAAGUUCUACUGGCGCAAAAAAUGGAAAGGGAACGGGAACAGGAACGGAUCCACGAUAUCGUCACGAGCGAACCGGUCCAGAAAUACGAACGCACCAAGAGCGGCAAAAUCAAGCCUUUCGGCUCGCCACGUGUCAAUAUGCACGAGGUCCCGUCCUUGAAGGAACAAUACUACAGAGAUAAACUGUUGAAACAAGAGCGGGAAAACAUCUUAAAGCAGAAUGUGAAAAUGAAGCGCUUUAUCGACAUGUUCAACAAAGAGCGUGAUUCUUCCAAGUUCACGACCCAUGCCGAUCGUACGACGUCUCGAUAUCCUUCCGAGUCCAACUCCAACUCUAGACAAACACUUAGCGGUAUGCUAUUCAAAGUUCACACAUCGGACUCGAAUACACGGCCAGUCCACAGAAAAAUAGUCCCCACAGCUGAUGCGACAUCAUUACGCCUUCUCAAAGAUUGCAGAUACCUACGCGAGUAUAAGCCAAUUAACGACGAUGAUAAAUUGGCGUCAGAAAAAGUCACAAGUUGGGGAAGCCGAUCAUCAUUCAAACCAUACAAUGACACUUAUAUCGCAAACGUGAGAUUGCGUUUGGAACAUUGAAACCAUGCAACGACACUUACAUAUCAAACGUUAGAUUGCUUUUGGAACAUUAAAACCAUGCAAUGGCAGUUAUAUCGCAACCAUUAGAUAACGUUUGGAACACUGAAACAAUGCAAUGGCACUAAUAUCGAAAACGUUUGAUUACGUUUGGAACAUUGAAACGAUACAAUGACCAUUAUAUCGUAACAGUUAGUUUGCGUUUGGAACAUUAAAACCAUACAAAUGCAGUCAUAUCGAGAAAGUGUGAUUGCGUUUAAAAGCUUUUUAUCAACAUUGUAAAUAAAAAUUUGCUUCAUAUUUCAGUAUUGCCCUAAAUUGUAUUGACUUCCGUUUACAAUUAAUGACAGUUAUAUGUUAGAAUGUUCAGAAUGCACUACAAGUAUUGUUUUAACAACCACCUAAUUGUGAAAUAUGAAAUAAGUGGUCUCAUAUAAUAUAACAUCGACUCUUAGCAUACAGAGAAAAUAAGUUCUUAGUACACAAGACAGUUGGUAUAUGACAGCACUUUGAUUUAAAAAAAAUGUACUUAAGACAAGUGAACUGUCAUUUAAUGAAUGUAUACUUAGAUAUCAUGCCUAAUGCUUCCAUUGUUUUUGAAGAGUUAUCAUGUUUUAAUAGAUGCAUUGGGAUAUAAUACAAACUAAUAUGUUUUUUUUUCAAAUUACAUUUAAACUUUUACGUUAUAUACACGCAGUCGUCAUUGACAAAGUAGACAAGAUAUUUUUUGAAAUAUUAAACAUCAGAUGGCGUAGGUAUAACACAGAAUGUGUUUCCCUUUAUCACGGAUAGUACUAAGAGUGUUAAAUUGUCGGAAAGUAUUUCAAGAUCAUGAAUAUUGAAUCGUGUGACUGUGUAAAGUCUACGUUGUCGAGAAUAUUAGUAUUUCGUAAAUGUUGAAUACAGGUUUUAGUCAAAUA